ACGUACACUCGCCCUGUUCCACCGGCAGGUCCUCUGUCUGGCCAUCUUUGUCAGUCAGACCAGGUCCCAAGGGACAGAGGCAGGCUCGGGAUCCCUUAAGCAGUGGGGGCCUUGGGGGAGCGCUACGAACGAGUGAAGACUAACUUCUCAGCCGGUGCCCAGCCAGGCCGCCUUGAGCUCUGGAACACCCUUUGGCAUCCUGGGCAUUGUUCCUGCGUCCGUUGUCCACCACCCUGGCGACUCAGCGGCCCCGACUACUCAUGACAUCCUGGUUCCUGUUUGCCCUUUCCUCUCUCUGACUGGAUUUAUAGCCACAGGCCGGGCACUGUUCUAGAAUCAGGGUACAUCUGCAACCACAAAAAGGCAGAAGUUCCCACCCUGAGAGCUUACACUCGAGCGUACAGUUGGCCCCGUUAUAGCCACUUGCUCGUGACCUGCUUAUCCAAGCUCUCUGCUUACUGCCCUUUCUAUGGCAGAUUUUGGAUUUGGCCGCCACUGCCAAUGACCGUCCCCCAGAGAGGGUGUCAUCAGCCUGGCCAGGGUCACUUCGAUGGCAAGCGUGCCAGGCAGCCUAGCGGGCUGUGGGCCGAAGGCGAGCGAGUAUCUUCUCCCGGAGUCUGUGGAUCUGGAGUGCGUGAGGUACUGCGUGGUGUAUGACCACAACACCAGUACCCUGGAGAUUGUCUUAAAAGAGGAAGAAGGUGACAACUGUGACGACGGGCCAGGACUGGUGCCUGGAGCUGCCGUCGAGUGUGGCAGAGCCCUGGCCAACCUCACCCGCCACCCCGUCUGCAUCCUGAGAGGAGGCUAUCAGGGCUUCUCGGCCAUAUACCACUUCUUCCAGACGCAGAAGAUCAUCUGGAUGCCACAGGAACUGGAUGCAUUUCAGCCCUACCCUGUUGAAAUAAUUCCAGGUAGAAUCUACCUGGGUAAUUUCAGGCAAGCCUGCGACCCGAAAAUUCAGAAAGAUUUGAAAAUCAAAGCACAUGUCAACGUCUCCAUGGAGGCAGGGCCAUUUUUUGUAGAUGACGCCGACAGCCUCCUGCACAUCAAGAUAGAAGAUUCCCCAGAAGCCAACCUUUCCCCCUUUUUAAGGCACCUCUGUCACUUUCUCGAACUUCACCUCCAGCUUGGCUCUGUCAUCCUGGUCUUUUCCACCCUGGGCAUCAGUCGCAGCUGUGCGGCCAUCUUGGCCUUCCUCAUGCACUGGAAUGAGCAGACCUUGAAGGUUUUCUACACAUCAAAUCAUGUCACCUGCAAACAGAGAAGUCCUGGGCCUACGUCAAGAAGUGUAAAACCAACAUGCGUCCAAACCGGGGCUUGGUGGCUCAGCUGUCAGAGUGGGAGAAGGUCGUCCUCGGAGACCGUGUCACAGACAUCUUGGAUCCACUCUACUGAUCUCCUCUGUGGCCCAGCUAUGGGUCCUGAAGAACCUUGCUUGGGGGCUUCUUGUGGGUACUGGGCCAGGCUGUGUAACCAGGUUGGUGUGGAAAGAGAAGGCCUUUGCUGCCUGAAGUCAUGUAGCAGCCUCCUGUAGUGGUUCUUCUCCAGCUCCUCGUUCAUGCCACAGAGCAGGCAAGACUCAGCAGGAAUCCCCCAUCUCUGGGUCAUCCUGGACACCCUUCCUGCACUCCUGAGGCUGCCUCUGGAAAAGCAUUUGGCUGUCUGAACAGCUAUCCCACACGCCCCGGUGACUUGGACCCUUUGGAGGCUAUCUGGGAGGAGUUCCAGGGGAACUGCCUUACGUUGGUCCACAGGGGUGUCACAGUGCCCACCUAUGGGCAGAGAUCCACCCCCGCCCCCCCAGCUCCAGAGAUGCCAGGCCCAGCCUUAGCCCAGGUGUCAGUCUCCACAGUUCUGACAGGUUUCUGGCACGGGGCACACCGUUGCCUCAUCCCUGGUCCUAGAACUCCCCAGCCAGUCUGAUGGCUUCUUCAGAGUUCCUUUCCUUCUCCCCCACUCGUUUCCUCCUGGCUGGCUUCCCCAAGAAGAGAUUUCCACCCCUCCUAUCUCCCACACCCAUGCUUCUAGAAAUUCCUCAGGUCUUAGGGGGAUUUUCUUCGGAAUGUGCUUCCAAGCCCUGGAAGCACCCGCAGCACAAGUCAGGAGAUGGCACAGACGAUGGGACUGACAGGGAAUUUGGGAUGUCUGCCCCUGUUCAGUCAGCAAACAUUCUCUGCCACCCAUGUGCGGCUGGGGAGGGACCUAGAGGUGAAGGCCAUCUCACCUUCCAGGACUCUUUGCAGAAGGGUGAAAUUGUCCUGCUCCCCAACGGAAGCCCAAGCCCUCAAGGAGUGGGGUUUUGCCCGACGCAUAAGGGCUUUCCAGCCAGCUCAGGCCUGAAAUCCGUUGGGCUAGGAACUGGAACAGAGCUUGGGAAGGCUGCAAACAAUGGCUCUGUGGGUUAGGGACCUCCUGGUAGGAAGGGCAGAGCCGCUGGCACGUUUUCUUUGGGGACCUGGUGGGGAUUAGCCUUGUGUGUUAGGACGGGCAGUCUGGUGGCUCCUGCAAGGACAGUAGCGGUGAGUCUGGAGGCUGGGAGACCGUAAGGCUGCCGCUGUAAAAAUCCAAGAUAGAAAAGAGGCUUGGAAUCCUCUUCCUGCAAAGAUGCUGCUUUCCCAAGGACGAAAGUGUUUGAGGCAGGGGUCACCCCCGUGGGCUUCAGUUUACUGUCAGCGUGACCGGGCGGAGCUCUGCGGGGCGUAGCACGUGGCUGGCAUGACCCCGUGGAGCCUGAGCUGGAGCCGGCGACCCCGGCGCGUGCCAGCCCCAGGACAGGCUGUGAGCUGCGAGCGGCGGGG